CCUCUCAAAAUCUCAAAAAAAACGCCCCCUGGCCGCAAAGGCAUUAGGGCUAUUAGACUUCGAUAGUAACGCGCCUCGCACCAUCGUCAAUGAGUUGUGAGAAGAAAGUAGUCCACUGACCAGUGACCACUAUGAUAGAGUAUCGACACAAUUGCUUUCCCCUUCGUUCGGGGUCUUCAUGAGUCGUAACUAUAUAUCGACGCCCACCCGACCACCCCAACUGAAAAAUGUUCGAAGCUCUGCUCGUUCGGCGAGCUUCCGUUCAUUCACCAAUAACGCAAUCGACUUCGAAACUCUGCGCUAAUCUGUCGUUGCAACUGUGCACUUGGUAUAACACUGCGGCUGCUGCCUCGAAAGAAGAGAAACAGAAGAAGACAGAAAAGGGGAGAUGGCUCAUUUUACCUCCCGUCUCUUCCUCCAUAGACGCUGUAUCUGUAGUCAAAGCGCUCUCGAGUCGUCCUUCCGAUUUGAAGGGGGAAACCACCAACACCACCACUAGCACAACGGCUCUGAAAUGGGUUCUCCGUUGCUGCCCUCACCUCCCUAGGAGCCUUGUGCAAAAGCUCUUCCGCCUGAGACAGGUUCGAAGAGAAUCUUGUGAUUCAAUGAGUUCUCUUGAUAUAGGAAAUCAUGCUCAAGAACAUAGGCUGAAGAGGGUCACAGCAAAGGAGGUUAUGAAUUUAGGAGAUCGAAUCUUUCUUCCAAUCACUGUUCAAGAGCUUCCUUCUGAGACACAGGAACACUACUGCAAUGAGGAUGAAAUAAGCUACAUUUGUAGCCUUGAGUUGUACAAGGAUCCAGCCAUCAUUGCUGUUAAUAAGCCCCAUGGCAUGCCAGUUCAGGGUGGGAUUGGCAUCAAGAAAAGUUUGGAUGAACUGGCUGCAACUUAUUUAAGAUAUGACUACUCAGAACCUCCUCGGCUGGUUCAUAGACUUGACAGAGAUAGCAGUGGCAUUUUAGUUAUGGGGAGGACACAAACAAGUGCAACAAUUCUGCAUUCUAUUUUCCGAGAGAAAACUUUUGGAGCAUCAAUUAAUGACAAUGAUAAAAUGAUCUUGCAAAGGAGGUAUUGGGCACUUGUCAUUGGAACUCCAAAACGGGCUAACGGAUUAAUUUCUGCCCCAUUAGGAAAGGUGGUGCUGGAUGAUGGGAAAUCUGAACGAAUGACCGUUGAUACCAAUGGCAAUGCCAUCUCAUCUCAGCAUGCAGUAACAAAAUAUCAAGUGAUGAAAUCUUCAGCUCAUGGAUAUACAUGGUUAGAGUUGUGUCCACUUACUGGUAGAAAACACCAGCUCCGUGUCCACUGUGCUGAGGUCCUGGGGACACCAAUAGUUGGAGACUACAAGUAUGGUUGGCAAGCUCACAGGAAAUGGAAACCUCUUUCUUGGUCAAAUCCUCAGAAGAACAAGAAACUUCCAAGGUCAAAGGAAUCUCCAUUUGGCCUUGAUUCAGAGGGUGGAAGCAUUGCAGAGAAGCAGCCUCACCUGCAUCUUCAUUGUAGACAGAUGAUUUUUCCUAAUAUAGCCCUGGCUCUACAACAUUUGCAAUCAUCUUCAAAUUGUGAUCUUUCAGAACUGGAGAGCCUCAAUCUGGUUGCACCUUUGCCUCCACACAUGCAAAGAAGCUGGGGAAUCUUAUGUUUUUGAGAUGAAGAAGAUCCUCUCAGGUUCUUCAUGGGAGCCUUUAGGAGAUUGAGCUACAUUUUCUCUUUGUGCUCCUUCACAAUACUUUGGUACAAGUUAUUGAGAUUCAUACCCUUCUGUUAUUUCUUUAAAGAGUUUUUUUUUGGUAGAGAAACCCUUGAGAGUUGUUUGAAUGCAUUCUUUACUCAAUAGCAAGAAAUAUUGCACAUCAUACAUUGUUGGGUUCAUUCUGUCAUGUUAUGGCUCUCCUUUUUGUUGUUAUACUAGUUUUGCUGGAACCAUGAUAAGACUAACAAUGGACAGGUAUCUCCUGUUUGUCUUUCA